AUGCCAGCCAAAAGAGGAACCAAAGUCAAUAAAUUUCGUGAAGGUUCAGGAGAUGAUCACUUGCCGGUUUUCUCGGUUUUCGUUGAGAAAGAAGGCCAGGGCCGAUUUGGGAGGAUUGAUAUCGAACUAUUUCUGCAUAGGGCACCAAAGGCUUGCGAUAUAUUUCUGCAGAGCUGCGCGGCCACAUUAGGCGGGGACAAAAAGGGAGCCAAGCGGGUUUCGUGCAAGCAGUACCGCUUCGUUCGCCUUACAAACGAGGGGCUCCAGGUGGGUGAGCGUUCAUCUUCUCGAACUGCCUCUGUUUCCGAGUUAGAGAGCGAGGUGGGACGCAUAUAUCAUGGGGUCGGAAUAGUUUCACUCUGUCGUUCAUCUACUUCAUUUGAUGAGUCGUUCUUUUUUUGCCUAACUGAUGAUCGUGUCGAGGUCGAAUCGUUGGAUAAGAGGCACGUUGCAUUUGGAAGAGUAGUGGAGGGACUGGAUAUCCUCUUGGCGCUUCAAGACGCCCUUUUGCCUUAUGUAAAGGAAGGAUGUAUCAUUGAGGGAGGGCCGUAUACCAUCUCAGAGAUACUCCCAAAGACAACACUAUAG